AUGAGUUGUUUCUCUUGUUGUGGACUGGAGCUGCAUCAAGGUACUGGUUCUCUUCAGGAGAGUGCUUAUGGCAGCAUUGAUAGCAAUAACAAUGGGAAAUCAUUGAGGUCUUUGCUCAAUAAUUUGUCAAGCAAAACAGGUAGUGGCAAUCAGAAAAUAACUAAAGAGUUUCAGAAAGCUAGAAAAACUAAAGUUUCAGCUUAUAUUUUCACAAUUAGAGAACUAGUUGUUGCUACAGACAACUUCAAUCCUAAUUGUCUGAUAGGGGAAGGUCAACUUAUUUCUAAAUGUUUCGUGCAUGUUGCUAAUAUGACCCUGAAAAUUGUGUCCGUGAAGCAGCUCGAUAGGAAUGGAUUGCAAGGAAGCAGAGAAUUCUUCUCAGAGGUUCUAAUGUUAAGUCUGGUUAACCAUCCGAACCUUGUAAACCUGAUUGGCUAUUGUGCAGAUGGGGAUCAAAGGAUUUUAGUUUAUGAAUACAUGGCAAAUGGAUCUUUGGAAAAUCAUCUUCUUGAUGUGCCUUCAGGUAAGGAGCCAUUGGAUUGGAAUACAAGGAUGAAAGUAGCUCAAGGAGCUGCGAAAGGGCUAGAAUACCUACACGAUAUCACUGAUCCGCCGAUAAUUUAUUGCGAUUUUAAUGCAUCAAACAUACUACUAGAUGAGAACUUCAAUCCCAAAUUCUCUGAUUUCGGACUUGCAAAGUUAGGCUCUACUGGAGGGAAGGACCAUGUAUCAACGAGGGUCAUGGGGACCUAUGGCUAUUGUGCUCUGGAAUAUGCAAUGACAGGCCAGAUCACAACGAAAUCCGAUGUUUAUGGUUUUGGUGUAGUGUUUCUGGAGCUCAUCUCGGGUAGGAGAGUUAUUGAUAUUGAAAGGCGAGAGGAAGAACAAAAUUUGAUUGCUUGGGCAGAGUGA